GAGAAACCAUGCAGGCCCACGACUUUGCAAUGCGACUCGAGCCUUCAGCAUCGCGAUCCAUAUCGCCGGCUCUUGCAGCGACAACACGAGGUGGCAUCGUGGUCUUCUCCGGCGGAAGUGCUGCCAACAACCUCGUCGACGUGUUCAAUGACAUACGCGAGGCCAACAACGCUGCCUUGAGCUAUGUCAUUCCCAUUUCCGACAAUGGAGGCUCCUCCAGCGAGAUCAUCCGCGUCUUCGGCGGUCCAGGAAUUGGUGAUGUCCGCUCGCGACUCGUCCGGCUGAUCCCUGACGAGGGCGACGAAGCCAAGGCCAUCAAGUCGUUCUUCAACUAUCGUCUGCCGAAGACGUAUGCACAGAGCCGAGCAGAAUGGCUCGAGAUUGUGGAAGCAACGCACCCGUUAUGGCUGGGCAUUUCAUCGCCCAAGAAAGAACUCAUUCGCAGCUUUCUCAACUCCAUGAAUCUGGAAAUCGUGAAGCGACUGCGACCUACCAGCAGAUUUGACUUCUCUGGUGCCGCCAUUGGGAAUCUCUUUCUCACCGGUGCUCGUCUGUUCACCGGGAGCUUCGAAUCUGCGGUAUACCUUGUCUCUAGCAUCUGCGGGAUCCCGGCCGCCGUUUCCAUCCUGCCAGUGCUCAACACGAACUUCGCCCACCAUAUCGCCGCGAAACUGGCAGAUGGCACUGUGAUCACCGGACAGAACAACAUUAGCCAUCCCAGUGCUCCUGCAGCUUCGGUUACUCACAUUCCCGUGUCGCCUACACAGCUGCUGCAGGCCGAAACCGAGGAGCACGACAAAGUGGAAGAUGCCAACAUGCCGGGCACACACCCAGAACUACGAAAGCCGGCGAUUGCAUUCUCCAAGGAAGGCGAGGAAAAGCUUCCCGCUCGCAUCGAACGAUUAUUCUACAUCAACCCGUAUGGCCAAGAGAUCACAAUUCCCGCCAAUCCCCGUGUUCUGGAAGCGAUCAAGAACUCGUCGUGCAUCAUCUACAGUAUCGGCUCUCUCUUCACGUCUUUGGUGCCUUCGCUGGUUCUCAAGGGUGUCGGAGCUGCAAUCUCGUCGCCUGUCAUUCGGACCAAAAUCCUGAUACUGAAUGGCACGCUCGAUCGUGAAACAGGACCACCCAGCAAUCCAUUCUCAGCCAUGGACUUUGUUGCUACCAUUGUCCAUGCAUGCACCACUUCACAGGCCCGACCUCACGCCCAACCGCACGAUUACUGGCAGUACGUGACACACGUCAUUCACCUAGACGGCCCAACAUCUCCAGUUGUGGAUAAGAGUGCCUUCAACAAGAUCGGCAUUGAGACAAUGCGCGUUUAUGGUCGAUCUGACGAGAACGGAAAGGGUGGCCGAUAUGAUGUGAAGGCACUGACCCAGGCACUCGAGGCCGUGAUCGGGCGAAAGGAUCCGCGAGGUAUGUCAAGGCGCAACACUGCCAUAUCAUAGUGGAUAUCGUUGUCCAUGAGAUGAUGAGAAGGGGGCCAAUGUAUCUGUCUGUGGGAUGAUGCAUCGGGACAAAGUCCACGCGAGGCGGCUCCACAGGGUCAAGUGCCCCGCCAUACCACCUACAAAUGUGUGCAAUGAUAAGACACAGCCGCACGGCCAACGUUCUGUGAAAAGAGGCAUAUCACGACGUUUUACAAGAGACAGUACAUGUACUACCUACCCGGCCUGUAGAAAAGACUCAGCGUCUGUGCAUUGAAAACAUGACAAACAAGCCAUCCAACGUCGCUGUGGUGGGCUUCGGCCUAUCUGCGAAAGUCUUCCACAUCCCUUUCAUUCAGGCACUUCCAGAAGACUUCACGUUGUAUGGCGUGGUACAGAGAACGCCCAAGCCAGGCGAUGACGCCUCGCAAGCACAUCCAGGGAUCAAGAGCUGGAGGUCGGCUGACGAUGUCUACGCAGACCCAGCCGUCGAUGUGGUGAUUGUGACCACGCCACCAGAGUCGCACUUUGAAUUGGCCAAAAGGUCUCUGGAGGCUGGAAAGCACGUUGUUGUCGAGAAGCCCUUCGUGCCAACGCCGGAGGAGGCCGCGGAACUAGCAGAGUUGUCGAAGAAGACCGGCAAGAAGCUCGCGGUAUACCAGAAUAGAAGAUGGGAUUCCGAUUUUCUUACCUUGAGAAAGAUUCUUGCGGAUGGCUUGCUGGGAGACAUAGCAGAGUUCGAGACCCAUUUCGAUAGCCACAGCCCGGAUCCUCCUCCCGAGAGCUGGAAGAGUGAGGACAAACCGGCACACGGAACGAUAUAUGGCUUGGGAACUCAUCUGAUUGACCAGGUCUACGUCCAAUUCGGCAUGCCGAAGAAAGUGACUGCAUUUGUGGGUAACCAAAGGAGAGGCGUGGUAGGAGGUCCUCCAGACUCGAUGAACGUUUUGCUGCACUAUGAUGGACCACUCCUUGUGACAGUGAAAGCUGGUGUAGUGAGUCCAGAGGCAGAGCAGCUUCGCUUCUGGGUGAGAGGAACCAAGGGCAGCUUCAAGAAGUUUCAUUUUGAUCGGCAAGAAGACCAACUUCGCCAUGAGAAUAUCGGUCCUGGUCAGGAGGACUACGGCGUGGAUCCCGAAUCGCAUUAUGGCACACUCGUCACUGUAGGAAAGGAACAGGCUGCGCCCGUCGUGGAGCGUUAUCCUACAGUGCUGCCAGCCACGUAUGUCGAGUACUACCGUAUCUUUGCAAAGGCGAUUCGAGGAGAGGGCGAAGUGCCUGUCACAGCUGAAGAUGCGAGAGAUGUCCUGCAGAUUAUUGAGCUGGCCAAGCAGUCUUCGAAGGAGGGGAGGACGAUUGAGGUUUGAACAUCAUGGUCUUCUCAAUUAUACCAGCUGGGAUCGGAUAUGGUAUUGAAGAAUGUAUAAUGUCG